GGCCUUCGGGAGGCGCAGGCGCAGAGGGGGUUUCGGGGCCACCAUGCCCACUGUCAGUGUCAGGAGGGACCUGCUCUUCCGGGCCCUGGGACGCGCCUACACUGAUGAAGAGUUUGAUGAAUUGUGCUUCGAAUUUGGACUGGAGCUUGAUGAAAUCACUUCCGAAAAGGACAUCAUCAGCAAAGAACAAGGCGAUGUAAAGGCGGAGGGGGCCUCCGACGUCGUUCUCUACAAAAUCGACGUUCCCGCCAACCGAUAUGAUCUUCUCUGUCUGGAGGGAUUGGUCAGGGGGCUUCAGGUCUUCAAAGAAAGGAUAAAGGCCCCCAGGUACAAACGGAUUCUACCGGCAAAUGGGGAGAUCCAGAAGUUGCUCAUUACAGAAGAGACUGCCCAAGUCCGUCCUUACGCUGUAGCGGCCGUUCUACGAAACGUAAAAUUUUCUAAAGAUCGUUAUGACAGCUUCAUUGAACUUCAAGAGAAAUUACAUCAGAACAUCUGCAGGAAAAGAACUUUGGUGGCGAUCGGAACUCACGAUCUGGACGCCGUCUCUGGGCCUUUCACCUAUACGGCGAGACCUCCCUCGGAUAUUAGAUUCAGGUCUCUGAACCAGACCAGGGAACGCACAGCCCGCGAACUCAUGAACUUAUACAAGACCGACAACCACCUUAAGCAUUUCUUGCACAUUAUUGAAAACGAGCCGCUCUACCCAGUUAUCUACGACAGUAAUGGCGUCGUCCUCUCGAUGCCCCCGAUCAUCAACGGGGAUCAUUCAAAAAUAACAUUAAAAACCAGGAAUGUGUUCAUUGAAUGCACAGGAACUGAUCUCACUAAGGCAAAGAUCGUCCUCGAUAUUAUUGUCACGAUGUUCAGUGAAUAUUGUGAGAAGCGAUUUACUGUUGAAGCGGCUGAAGUAAUCUAUCCCGAUGGAAAAUCCUACGUCUAUCCAGAACUGGCGUACCGCAAAGAAGUGGUGAAAGCCGAUUUGAUUAAUAAGCAAGUUGGAAUCAGUGAAACUCCAGCGAGCCUCGCCAAACUUCUGACCAGGAUGUAUUUAAAGUCAGAAGUCAAAGGGGAUGGGAACCAGAUAGAGAUCGAAAUCCCUCCGACCAGAGCCGACAUUAUCCAUGCGUGUGAUAUCGUAGAAGAUGCAGCUAUUGCUUAUGGUUAUAACAACAUUCAGAUGACUAUUCCGAAAGCGUACACCAUAGCUAAUCAAUUUCCUCUCAACAAGCUCACGGAGCUUCUGAGAUACGACCUGGCGGCGGCUGGAUUCACGGAAGCGCUUACCUUUGCUCUGUGUUCCCAAGAGGAUAUUGCCGAUAAACUUGGUUUGGACAUCUCUGCAGUGAAGGCGGUACGCAUAGCUAAUCCUAAAACGGCAGAAUUUCAGGUGGCACGUACCACCCUUCUUCCGGGCCUCCUGAAGACAGUUGCUGCUAAUCGGAAGAUGCCCUUGCCUCUGAAACUCUUCGAGAUAUCCGACAUCGUAGUGAAGGACUCCAGCAGAGAUGUAGGUGCAAGAAACCUGCGACAUCUCUGCGCGGUCUAUUACAACAAGACUUCCGGAUUCGAGGUUAUCCACGGACUGUUGGAUCGAUUUAUGCAGCUGUUGGAUAUAUCGGCCGGCGGAGAGAAGGGCUACUCCAUCAGAGCGGCCGAAGACUCUGCCUUCUUCCCCGGACGGUGCGCUGAGAUCUUGGCCAAAGGUCAGAGCAUCGGAAAGCUUGGAGUCCUCCAUCCUGACGUUAUCACCAAGUUUGAACUGACCAUGCCCUGCUCUGCUCUGGAGAUCAAUAUCGAACCCUUUUUGUGAUGAGGGGACUGGUGUGGUGUGAUCCUUUUCCAAAAUAGCCGCCUUCCCUUCCCCCUGUGUCCUUUAGUGCCCCUCUUCCUCCUCCUCCCUCCAGAGGGAACAUCCAUUUGUGCUUUAAUGUUUAAUAAAGUAGAAAAACACUG